UGCGAGCAAAACGGUUGUGUUUCGUGUGUGAUCUCUCUCUGCUGCUACUGCCGCCACUACCUUUCUUCAAACUUUUUUGAACACCUUCUUUCCCCCACGGAACCGUGCGCGCCGACGUCGUCGUUCGGUGUUUAAAUCAGUCGUAGUUUUUGCUCUCCGCGAGUUAAUCCACAAAACAAAAAAUCUCCAAAAAGACACAAAUUUUAAGUUACACACUCGAAUUCGGACCCCGUGUAUUUUGAGGAAAACCCGUAAAUAAUAAUUUGUUGUAUGAGUCAGAAAGCCGAAAGACCAGUACUAUCAGGUCAACGCAUCAAGACCAGGAAAAGGGAUGAAAGAGAGAAGAAUGACCCCACGGGCUUCCGUGACGCGGUCAUUGCAGGUCUCGAAACCGCUGAAGAUUUAGAGGGAAUUUCCAAGUUUCUUGACAUUGGCGGAAACAAACUCGACUAUCGUCGCUACGGAGAAGUAUUAUUCGACAUCCUAAUCGCUGGUGGACUGCUUGUACCCGGAGGAUCUAUCUCACAAGAUGGCGAGAAACCACGUACCGAUUGCUGUAUAUUCGCAGCACCGGAAGACAUGGAAUCGAUGCGGAACCAUGAGCAGAUCUUUACGCGGCUUAUGCGCCGAUACAAGUACCUCGAGAAAAUGUUUGAGGAGGAAAUGAAGAAGGUGCUGAUCUUCAUCAAGGGUUUCACUCCACUGGAAAGGCUCAAGCUGGCGCGUAUGACGGCGCUGUGGAUCGCGAACGCGUCCAUUCCGCCCCAUGUGCUGCUCGUGCUGAACAACGAGCACCUGACCAAGGACGGGCUCGCGCUCGAGUUCCUCGUCGAGGUGUUUGUCACGUUCAAGCAGGAGAAGGGCACCGCCCAGCUGGUGACGAUCCUGCGCAAGGGCGGCCUCGAUCAGCGCCUGCUGGACUUUCUGCCGAUCAACAAGCGCAGCGAGGAGCACCUGAAGGCGGUCUUCGUCGAGAAGGAUCUCGCGGACAUCUUCAAGCUUCACAAGGCUCAGGCGAGCCAGGAGGCGAAGCGCGAACUGACGCAGCUGCUGAUCGAUGAUAUUAACGAUAACAAGACAACAAAAGAUAUUAUUAAUGACAUCAAGGACAUGUCGGCAAAAUCAAACAUUCCCGAACACGAAGUUAUUGGCCUGAUCUGGGCCACCGUCAUGUCGCUGGGCGAGUGGAACAAAAAGGAGGAAUUGGUGGCCGAGCAGGCGCUCAAGCACCUGCGCACCUACACGCCCCUGUUCGAGGCCUUCACCAGCACGAACCGGUCGGAGAUGGCGCUGCUGCUCAAGGUGCAGGAGUUUUGCUACGAGAACAUGAACUUCAUGAAGGCGUUCCAGAAGAUCGUGCUGCUGUUCUACAAAACUGAAGUGGUUUCCGAGGACUCGAUCCUCAAGUGGUUCAAGGAGGGACACUCCAACAAGGGCAAGAUGCACUUCCUGGAGCAGAUGAAGCAGUUCAUCGAGUGGCUGCAGAAUGCCGAAGAAGAGAGUGAAUCUGAGGAGGAAGAUUAAGCUCGCGCGUGAGAUUUACCCAAAAUUAUGACGAUUAUCGUGCAAGUGAAACGCGAUGGGAGAAUCACAACCACACACACACAACCAUAUUUAGCAAGUGAAACAACUGCAAACAUAUUUAUUCUAUAAAUACAAACACACACGGAACCAACAGCCGCCACUGCGUCGAGCGCGUUGUAACAGCUACACACACACUAUUGUGGAAACAUCUCAACCAUCCCGGAACAUCAACUACAGUAACAACAACAAAAUAACACUCACACACACACAAAUUUAUAUUUAAAGCAAAAAAAAAAAACAAAAUUGUAAUAAAUCUGAUACAGAAACCAAAAACAAAGCGCAACCAGUGCAGCGAUUAUUUGAACCAAGAGAAACACACAAAGCUUUCCCCUUUCCCCAAUUGUGCCCCCCCAAAAAGCAGCCGAAAACAAUUCUAAACUAGUGAAACACCCCCAAAUCCCAGCAACACGGAGCCAAUAAAAGUCCCUCCCCCCCCCAAAUUGAAACUAAAAGAAAUCAUCGAGUGGGUGACGACGGUCGAGCAAAUUUACACAGAGUUUCGAGUCUUCCACAUUUUUUGCUAACGUGUAAAAACAGCGGCAACAGCAACAACUACAGAAUUUAAUUAAUUGGUAACGAAUGUGGUGUGGACUUGAACAACUAAAGUAAAAA